CUGUGGCAGCGUGCUCGCGCUGCUAAGACAGGGAGAGCACUGAGGACCGGUGGCGCGCGCUCACACACACACACUCCCCCAAACAAAGAGAAGCACGCGAGGCAGCACAGAGCAUCCCACCCUUUCAGCCCUCGAGCUCCAUCCAUCCCCUCUUUUUGGCACAGAACCGGUCCCGGUCCGAGCGCACAGAAAAACCGACAAUGACAACCAACGGCUCGACUAACGGAACCAGCGACAUGCUGCAGAUCCAGUUCGGUCUGAUCAACUGCGGGAACAAAUACCUCACCGCCGAGAUGUUCGGCUUCAAAAUCAACGCGUCCGCCUCCAGUAUGAAGAAGAAGCAGAUCUGGACUCUGGAGCAGAGCGGAGACGACUCCACCGGGAACGUUUUCCACCUCAAGUCUCACCUGGGCCGGUACAUCGCCGCCGAUAAGGACGGGAACGUCACCGGGGAAAGUGAGACCCCGGGCGCGGAGUGCCGCUUCGUCAUCACCGCGCACGAUGAUGGCCGCUGGUCCCUGCAGUCCGAGCCGCACGGCCGGUUCCUGGGCGGCACCGAGGACCGGAUCAUCUGCUUCGCGCAGACCGCGUCUGUGGCGGAGAAGUGGAGCGUGCACAUCGCCAUGCACCCACAGGUGAACCUCUUCAGCGUGACACGCAAGCGGUACGCGCACCUGAGCGGCAAGGUGGACGAGAUCGCCAUCGACCGCGACGUGCCGUGGGGGGUGGACUCCAUGAUCACACUGGUGUUCCGGGACCAGCGGUACCACCUGCAGACCUCAGAUAACCGGUUCCUGAGCAGCGACGGUGCGCUGCUCGCCACCACCGACCGGAGCACCGGAUACACGCUGGAGUUCCGCUCCGGUAAGGUGGCGUUCAGGGACUGCGGAGGGAAGUACCUGGCGCCUUCAGGGCCCUCCGGUACCAUGAAGUCCGGGAAGAACGCGCGGGUCGGGAAGGACGAGCUGUUCGUGCUGGAGCAGAGCCACCCGCAGGUCGUGCUAACAGCCGCCAACGAGAGGAACGUCUCCACCCGGCAAGGUAUGGACCUCUCAGCCAAUCAGGACGAGGAAGGCGACCAGGAAGUGUUCCAGGUGGAGAUUUGUCGCGAAAACAGGAAGUGUGCGUUCCGUACCGCCGCCGGAAAAUACUGGACCCUGACUGCUAACGGAGGCCUGCAGUGCACCGCCUCCACCAAGUCUGCUAACUGCUACUUUGACAUCGAGUGGCGUGGGAAGAGGCUGACUCUCCGGGCUGCCAACGGGAAAUACGUCGCCGCCAAGAAAAACGGGCAGCUCGCAGCGACCAUCGACUCUGCCGGUGAGUCUGAGGAGUUUCUGAUGAAGCUGAUUAACCGCCCGAUCAUCGUUCUGCGCGGCGAGCAUGGCUUCAUCGGCUGCAGGAAGGUGACGGGAACGCUGGACUCAAACCGCUCCACCUAUGAUUACUUCACCCUGGAGUUCAGAGACGGAGCCUACAGCCUGCAAGACUCCACGGGUAAAUACUGGAUGGUGGGUAACGAGCAGUCGGUGGUGAGCAGCAGCGACACGCCCGUCGACUUCCUCUUCGAGUUCUGUGACUACAACAAGCUGGCCAUCCGCCACGUUGCCGACAGCAAGUAUCUCCGCGGCGACCACGCCGGCGUCCUGAAGGCCAACGCUGACGACCUGGAGACCGCCACACUGUGGGAAUACUGAAGGAUCUGCUGCGAUGCUGAGGAAUGAAUUGAAAGUGUGGUGACGCAGCACAAACCCCAUCCAUACAUCUACCUACCAACCCCUCCUCGCUCCUUAUAUUAUGAUACUUAUGACUUUAUAUGUUGAUGAACUGCACAGAGAGAACAGGAAGGAGACACUUCUUUCUCUCCGUCCUCCCUUUCCUUCCCUUUUCCCAGCCCCAACCUUUAUCUGUUGCCAUAUUUACCGUGGGGCCGUGCACUUUUUUGUCCGAUCUGAUUCGCUGCUCAAACCUGUCACUCACUCCCUCCUCGCCUUACGAUUGAUGCCGUCCCUCCUUCCCUCCCCAGAACAUCUGUUUCUACCUGAUCUAAUCUCCCAAAAACAGAUCCACCAACCGGAGGAAAUCUGCUUCCUGUUAGCUGGAUUUUAAAGAUGGAGACGGUGGGUCUGUUUGUGGGAAAGCUUCUUGUAGAAACAUAAUUUUUUUUUGUCUGUUUGUUUUUCCAGGCCCUAUGUGAUAUAACUGGAGUGGAGCUGAUAAGUAAAGAUAUCGAAGACGGGUUUAACCCCUUUAUUCAUCUCAUCUGUAAAAAAAUAACUAAAUGUAAACCAGUUUCCUAUGUUGUUAUCUAGCUGUGGUCUCAUUGGUCACCACGGGGGGAUUUCCUGGACCAAACGGGAUGUAGGAAGUUAAAACACUUACCCUUCCCCCCCUCUUCUUCACACACUAAACCUAUUGUCCUGAAAACAAUAUAAAUAAAUUAAAAAUAGCAAAUGUUGCAGUCACAUACUGUAUGUUUAUAUGACAGAAAAAACACUCCCUGAUACACAGUUGGAUUUCUUUUUCUACGUCCAAGGCACAGACAUUAUCAUGGAUACAGUAGGGAGCUAUUGCAACUGGAGUGAUAUGAUUUAUAAACCCUUUUUUGAUGAAAGCUUAUUUUUGAAUCCCUCGACCAAACGUACACCUCAGCCUUUAUCGAGACCAAGAUAACAGACCAUCAUCUCUUACACACACACACACACGCGCAACUGGAACCUGGUGCUGCUCACUCCUGUUAUAACUCGUGAAAUAUUAAUAAAGUCGAGCAUCUCUCACCAAAAGACGGUGAUUUUCUGCUGCACCUGAAAGCCUUGCCAUAUAUAUCUGAAAUCUGCUGCUUCUUUAGUUUUCUGUCUGAAGUAGAGAUGUGACCAAAUUGUUUUUUGUUGGGUUUUUUCUGUUCCUGACUCCUCGAUGACGGUGAGGAAGGGAUACGUUUAAAAAAAAAAAAAAAGAGAAAAGAAGCAGAUUUUGAAUAAUUUGUCAUCUAUUUAACUGAAUUGUCUGUUAUGCAGUCGUGUAGCACAAUGCAUUGGUCUUUGAUUCUCCACCCUUCUGCUUUCCGCAUAAACACAUUAAUGAUUUCCGUAAAAAGACGUAAAUUAUUGGGCUGUCUCCCCACAUCAUCCUCUUCCUCGUUAAUCAUUCCUCUGAUGUGUAAAUCAGAAUGGAAAACCAAUCGUUGUACUCCCAUGAAAUAAUACAUGAUUGUAGCCGGCUCCUCACCAACUCCGUCCAAUUUUCUUGGAGCGAUUUCUGCAUGAAGGGUUGAGAAUCUCAAGCGAAUAAAAAGGAGCGUUUGUCCUCGGAGAAAACGAGGUAACAGAGACCAAGGCUUAGACAAACGGAUGUGGAAGGGUAAACAUGUGGUAAUGACUGUGCCUUACUCUUUUUUGGGCAGUAGGGAAGAAAAGAAAUGAAUCCACAUCUUUGCUUUGUAUAACUGGAACUUCUUUUUGUAUUAUUAUUUUGUAUAAUUUUUUUGAUAUUGUGGAUUAACCUCUCUUGUGCCAUUGGUUCACCUGAAAUCCAACGACCAAUAAAACUGGGAUUUGGAACGCU